AUGCUUAAUAUUAAAAUCAUUUCAGGAGGUUUGCCAGGUGUGGAAUAUGCAGCAUUAAGAGCUGCCAAGAAAAGAAAACUUAAAACUGGUGGCCAUUGUACAGAAUUUUCUGAAAAUGAAAAUAAUGAUAUUUUAUUACAAGAUUAUAAUCUUGUAAAGUUACAAGCUAAUUCACUUACUGAAAAAAAUCAAGAAAAUAUUGACAAUGAUUCACAUGCAGAGAAAAAUCAAGAAACCACCAAUACUGAUUCAUAUACAAAAAUAAUUCAAAAAAAUAUUGAUGAAUCAGAUGCAACAUUAAUAUUUGAAAUAACAAAUAUUAAAUGUGAUUAUGCACAAAUAAUUCCCUAUAUUGGGGAAAAGAAACUAAUUAUAAUUUAUCUUAAAGAAAGUAAAGACAAUUCUCAAGAAAGUAAAGACAAUUCUCAAGAAAGUAAAGACAAUUCUCAAGAAAGUAAAGAUAAUUCUCAAGAAAGUAAAGAUAAUUCUCAAGAAAGUAAAGAUAAUUCUCAAGAAAGUAAAGAUAAUUCUCAAGAAAGUAAAGAUAAUUCUCAAGAAA